CCCUCGGCCUCCCGGAGGCGGCAACCGCUGCUGCUCGGCGCUUCCCGGUUGGCGGCGCCGGCUGCACCUCACUCUCUGGAGACCAUGGGGGACCCCAGCAAGCAGGACAUCCUGACCAUCUUCAAGCGCCUCCGCUCGGUGCCCACGAACAAGGUGUGCUUUGACUGUGGUGCCAAGAACCCCAGCUGGGCCAGCAUCACCUAUGGCGUGUUCCUGUGUAUUGACUGCUCGGGCUCACACCGCUCGCUGGGCGUCCACCUGAGCUUCAUCCGGUCCACAGAGCUGGAUUCCAACUGGUCCUGGUUCCAGCUGCGCUGCAUGCAGGUCGGAGGAAACGCCAAUGCUUCUUCAUUUUUCCAUCAACACGGCUGCACCACCAGUGACACCAACUCCAAGUACAGCAGCCGCGCUGCGCAGCUCUACAGGGAGCGAGUCAAGUCGCUGGCCACCCAAGCCACGCGGAAGCACGGCACCGACCUGUGGCUCGAUAGCUGUGUGGUCCCGCCCGCGUCCCCACCACCGAAGGAGGAAGACUUCUUUGCAGCUCACGUGCCUGCCGAGCUCGCCAGCACAGCCUGGGCAUCUGUGCAGCCGGAGUUGCCUCCUUCCACAGCAAAGGCCGUGGUGACAAUGCCAGAAAGCAGUGAAGGUGGACCAGAAGUGGGGCCAAGCGUGGAAGGCCUCAAUGCCCCUGUGAGGGCCGCCUCGGAGGUCUCGUCUCUUAUAAAGAAGAAACCCAAUCAAGCUAAGAAAGGACUUGGAGCCAAAAAAGGAGGCCUGGGGGCCCAGAAACUGGCGCACACGAGCUUUGAUGACAUCGAGAAACAGGCUCAGGCUGCAGACAAGAGGAAGGCGCAGGAAGAGCUGGCCAGGGCGGCCCCCAAGGAGGAGUCCAUUGUCUCCUCGUUGCGACUAGCCUACAAGGACCUUGAAAUUCAGACGAAGAAAGACGAGAAGAUGAACCUGAGUGGCCAAAAGAAAGCCGAGGCCGAGAGGCUGGGCAUGGGCUUUGGAAGCUGCAGAAGCGGCAUCUCACACUCGGUGACGUCAGACAUGCAGACCAUAGAGCAGGAGUCGCCGGUGCUGGCCAAGCCGAGGAAGAAGGACACUGAGGACAGUGAUGAGUCCUACUUCGCCUCCAGCUCCAGGUACCUGGACGACCCACUGGAGCUGAGGGGCAGUUCCUUCCCCAGCUGGGGCGACAGCGCAGACUCCUGGAGGAAGGAGAGCAGCAGAGACGUGGGAACGGUGCUGAAGGGCACGGGCUACGCAGACAGGCCCACCACCCGCCGCAAGCCCGAGCCCGAGGACCACACCGACGAGGCCCAGAAGAAGUUCGGCAACGUGAAGGCCAUCUCUUCAGACAUGUACUUUGGCAGACAAGCCCAGGCUGACUACGAGACCAGGGCCCGGCUGGAGAGGCUGUCAGCCAGCUCGGCCAUCAGCUCUGCGGACCUGUUUGAGGAGCAAAGGAAGCAGACAGCAGCAGGGACCUACAACCUGUCCAGCGUGCUGCCCAGUGCCCCCGACAUGGCGCAGUUCAAGCAGGGCGUGAGGUCCGUGGCUGGGAAGCUGUCUGUCUUUGCCAAUGGAGUCAUGACAUCCAUUCAGGAUCGCUAUGGCUCCUAAUGCGGGAGGCUCCCACGCUCCAGGACCAGCUCCUCCCGUGCUCCCAGGACCAGCUCCUCCCGUGCUCCGGGACCAGCUCCUCCUCCGGUGAACCAGCCAUGCCCCAGCUGCCAGGAAGCCGUCGGCUUCGCGGUCUGUUUCACUGCCUCUCCCCGUGCUCUCAGUUUUCACUCUUUGGAGAAAUCCCCCUUGUUGACGUAGUAGCAGCUUUAGCAACUUUUUUCUAAUGCGGUUCGGUGUUCCUUCCUGCCCACCCAAGCAGGUGCCUUAUUUCCUGGGACCCUGUAAUGGCACAGCUGAACCUGCGACCGUCAGCUCCUCCCACUCCUACCCCCAUAGGGAAGGUGGGGCCUGGAACCCAGCAGUGCAGGGGGUGAGGGGGGUGGUUGGGAGAUUGAAAACGGCAAAGCAUAAAACAGCACACACAUUUAAUUGAAAACAAAGAAUGAAGCAUGACAGAGCUCAGCGGGGCGAGACGGGAGGCGGGCGGCGGAUGGGGCAACCAGCCCCACGGGGAGUGGCUUCGUGCCUAUUUUUUCUCGCAAUCUUGGUUUUCAAAAAAUUAAAGGAUGUGUGUAAAUGAGUAGAGGGACCUCGCUGUGUUUUAGACAGCACUGGAACAUACUGUCCGGCCCAGCGAAACACAUGACAAACCUGAUGAACCCCAAGUGUGACUUCAGAUGAAUAUUUUGUGACUUUCUUAAGAACUCCAAUUUGUAGACUUCUCAGUACAAUAAACAUUUGCCACAACCA